AUGGUAGAUCCUGAUCAUAGCUUGAGUAAAAAGCUAGAACAAGCUUUCAUCGAUUAUGAGGAUGAUAAAGAUGCGCUUUCUCUAGUGACCGUGAUAGACUUGUAUGGAAGCGAAAUUAACAAAGAGGGGACAAUAAAAGAGAAGGCGAGGUUCUUGGAGACCAUAUUGACCAAUUUGAAAAGCUCCUCAAGUGUCAUUGAGAGUAUCGGAUGGGAUCUUCCCAAGAUGCUCAUCAAUUUUUUGGUGAUGAAAAACGUGGAUUUGGACCAGCCCCUCUCGCACAACGUUCUUGUGUCAACGACGCUGAAGUGCUUCAACGAAAUCGCACUGCGUGGAAAUGCUAAGGAAUGCUUUCUAACGGGAUGCGAACUGCUUGGUGGUUUACAACUAGAGACUUUUGAAAAAGGGCAUUCCGGUUCUUCUGAUGACGAAACGGAAGAGGAGGAGGCUGCUGAAAGCGAAACUGACGGCACAGUAUCCAGUGAAACAUUUCAAGAACAUGUGAGCGUGGAAGAGAAGCCCUCAACUGAGGAAUCACAACUUCCAAAUUUGCUGAGGGAGCCGGAGGAAUUCGCCCUGGAACUUCAGCUACAUGCCUUGAUGGAGCUUGUAAACACGACUUUAAAACGAAUCCAUACAUGUUAUCCUUCUCGAUUUUUGGCAACGGCCGUAGGGGCAAUUCUCAGCUUUGUGAAAUUCAAUGGUCCAAAGAUUGACGAUGUUCCCUUUAUUCUUCGGAGGGUUUACAACUUUUGCAGAACAUAUAUACCCCCUCAAUCACAAGAAGAGGUUACCGAAAAGUUAUCAUCAGAGGAACACCUCAAGCUGAUGGAGGACGAAGAGGCUCUGGAGCGUAGACUCCUCCAAUGCCUUUUGACACACGCCUUGGGUCAGGCGGUGCGGGAGCGAACAAUAAUGUCGUCGCCACAAUAUUUUUUCGACCUAAAGAAGGCGGACAGCUCAAGGUUAGAUUAUGAUCAGCGUCGCGAUUUGCGUGAGGCGGUGUCAAGAUUCCAUCAACUUGCAUAUUCAUUCGACAUUGACGUCGAGAAAGAAUUUCGCGCGCUGUGUAUCGAAGAAUCUAAGAGCAUCUACAACUCUCUACCCAAUGACUCGGAGUUUGUAAAUGAAGCGGCCAAAAAUGGAAUAACCCAAUUAAUUUAUCAACUCUCUUACACCUAUGGCGUUCAAAAGAGGCUCAAUGAGAAAAAUUUGGCGUUAGAUCCUCAUGGUAUCCUAGCUAUAGCUACUUUUCAUUAUGAAGAGACUGGUCAAGUUCUUUGCACAGAUGUUAGGGUCGAUGAAGCGAUUUACAUGUAUUUGAGAUUUUUCACCCCUGAGGUAAUGUCACAGACCGAGAGACAUCGCUACGCGGUUGAUUGUUGCCAGUUUUGGCUCUGGAGAGCCGUUACCAGCGCAAGCUGUCAAAAAAACCAGGAAAUUUUAAGAUUAAUGCCAGGUUAUCUUCUAUCUACAUUCUUACAGAUUUUGUUGCUCAAGGCCUUCCAUGAGACUCUAGAUGUAGUGCGGAUGGUCGCCUUCACCUUUAUCACCAGAAUGAUGUGCUUAAUACCAGAGGGUGUUUCUUUUGAAUUUGUUAAAGAUACCCUGCUCAACUGCCCAUUUAGUGACCUAAAAUGCUGCGUAUUAGGAAUUCUCAAAGACCUAAUGUUAAACACUCGAUACUCAGUCACAGAUGUAACGGAGAAGCUAUCGACUUUUAAGGUAUCUAGCGAUACACAAGAGGAGCCGGCUCAAGGUAAGCCUGCCCUACCUCCUCGAUCUUAUAUUAUCAUCAGCGAAGACAGAAUGGCUUCGGUUCACAGCUUAGCUAUGAUGAGCUUCGAAGAAACAAUUACAUCGCCUGUCAAAGCUAAUCUCAGGUUGACCUUGAGGUACUUGAACUUCUUCAUUAGUUUGAGACUCAAGUGGGACUAUGUGCUCUUAUGUGAGAUCGAGAAGAAAGUAAGUGAAGUGGUAGAAAAGCUUGGUGAUGAUUCUCAACCGGAGCUGGGAUUUAUUGAGAUAGCUAACAAUAGCCUCCUGUCAUACCUCAGAGAAAAAAAAGCAGGAUAA